AUGACGUGUUCCAAGUGUUCCUGUUCAUUUUCAGUGAGUUCUUAUUCUUUUUCUCCGUUUUUCUCGCCGCCAAUCCGUUCACCGUCGGACCACACUGUGUCCUCCUCCUAAUUGUGGGCCAAUGCGGCUCGAAAGGGGCAAGGCUCGUUUGCUGACGCAUUGUUGACUCACCGUGUGUGACCAGACCAACGGAACAAACACUCCUCUCGCGCACCUCCGUCCUUUUGGACACAACUUUUCUUCGCGAUGCGAUGCGUUUUGUGACCAGCCCUUCUUCUACUUCUUCUUAUCGCUUCGCCGUUUGUGUCAAACGAUGACACGUAUAAAACUGUCGCCCAGAUUCGGUGCCCCGCGUCAUUUUUCAUUUUUUUCUUACAAUUUAUCAUUAGAUAACUAAUUAACACAACUUUUUCUUUCAGGAAAUGAACAUAAAAGUACGGAUAGGCCUAUUAUUCAUCUUUCUACUCCAUCUAUCCAUGGCGAUCGCUCGCAAGUCGACGGACGGGGUAGCACACCAUCGAUUGGUCCGGUUGCACGCCAUACUCAUCACGUCUACCGCCAUGUUGGUGGCCUCUUACUACAUGUGGAAACGGGUCAACUUUGCCAUCACGUGAGUGUUUUUCAUACUUGCAACCCUCAAAAACCGUUUCAGGACUAAAUUCCCAAACCCGAACCCAGUUGGCAACCGACGACUCCGUCUACUCUGUCUCCAGGACGUCGCCCAAGCACUGAUGCUCCUCUUCCUCUUCCUCUCCCACAUUGCUCUAUUUUUCUACUACAUCCUGCUGGGUGAGUGGUUUUUACAUUGAAAAACAACAGACGAAACGUGGGAAUAUGCAUAAUGACGCGUCGGAAUUAACGAACAGUUGACAACAGGCGUCAGAAUUUUUAUGCAAACUGUGUGAAAUUGUGGUGGGAAUGAGGGAAUGCUGAUUGAAAGUUGUAGGGAAGUCGUGACCAGACAUAGGCUACGUCGAAUGCAUUGGAGAACUGAUCAGACUGAAAAUUGGACCCAAGAUAUUCCAAAGUUUGGGCUUGAUUGAAAAAAUGCAAAUCGAUCAAAAGUUCAUCAUUAGAAAGGCCCACGUCUUGGCCAGAACACAUAAAAACUCUGCAAUGAUUGCAGGUCCGGAGCCAAAUGUCAUUGCCGUCACAAGUCUCAGUUUCAUUGCCGCCUAUGCUCACAUCCUCAUUUUCCUAGUCAUUGUCGACAUCAUCUACUACUCCACGAGAGUUAUUCACAACAAAGUUACCCCCAACUCGGUUCACUCGUGAGUUUUUCUCAUCGACUUUUUGUCGGAGCCAGCAGAGAUUACCGAAAAACUGCUAUUUUCAGCUACUUCCAUGAAACGCGCAGUCAAUACAUCUUCAUGGCCGUCAUACUCGGGUUCUUGUUCAUGCUCGGAGGAUUGUACACCACUCACACGGAUCCAGUCGUUAGAAAGACUAGUAUUCCGAUGAAAGUUAGUGUUUGGUCAACUUUUCCGAUAGAUAACAGCGAAGUGUUCUUUGAAAUAAAGCAAAGUGUCAGUCCGAUCGAUGAGGCAGUGAGAGCACACAACUUUGUGCUUUAUUGUUUACUCUGCCAUGAGGUGUCCAGCAUAUUCUGCUCAUCUAAACCCUAUUCUGAAGACACUUUGAACCACAAAUGGGAAAAGCCACAAAAAUAACGUACAGGCCAGUGAGCAAGGGUUUCUUUGAUCGAUAAACAGAAAAAUGACGUUGAUAUUGAGAAAAAUACGCAAUUUUUUCAGAAGUUCGAUUCCAACAGUGGUUCCGAUGUCUCGAUUGUUCUGUUAUCGGAUGUGCACAUCGGACCAACAGUCGGACGCACGAGGAUUCGAAGGAUUGUGGACAUGACGAAUGAUCUGAAACCUGGUAAGCGUUCGAACAUAUUCAUCAAACAAUUGGUUCGAAUUCUGAACGUUUUAUAGCUAUCCACUGAAAUGUAAGUCAAAUAUUUGACUUAAAUUUUCGUUGCUCGAGUUCUGAACGUUUUGCUUUCCAGAUAUCAUCGCAAUCGCUGGAGAUCUCGCCGACGGACUUGUGCGUGAUUUCCACGGAGCGGCGGAGCCAUUGUGUGACUUAAAGGCGCCGGGAGGUGUCUACUUUGCUACAGGUACGUUUCUUCGGUCACAAAUUUGACUCCUGAGCGUUUCGGAACCGUGUUUAGCGGAUCCAAGCAGUUCUAUGGAAGUUUGAUCCAAAACAUCGUUUCUAAGCGUCGCGAGAACGAAGAAGACUACUUUCCAUUCAAGAAAAGCCAUGUGUUACAGGAAACCACGAGUACAUGCACGGAAACGUCACCGAAUGGUUCUGGUUCUUGGAGAACUGCAAUAUUACGGUAACAUUCUCAUAUUUUCGUCGAAUUUCACCCAACUUUGUUUAUUUCAGAUUCUUCACAACCAGAACAAACACAAAAUAGUAAACGGUCAGAAGCUGUGCAUGGCCGGAGCCGACGACCUCUUUGCUCUUCGUGCUCACGUCGCCGGACAUGGAAUGGACCUGAAGAAGGCGCUCUCCACCUGCGACUCGGACUCUACCAAUGUCCUUCUAGCCCAUCAGCCAAACGCCGCCAAAAUUGUGCUCAACGAUCGGGAUUUGAGUCAGAAGGUGAAUCUGAUUCUGUCCGGACACACCCACGGAGGACAAAUGUACCCGUUCGUGCCAAUUGUGCAUCUGGCUAACGCAUUUGUCAGGUAAACAGUUUUCCCCAUAGUUGUCACAAACCUGGCCGGGCCGUGAUAAAAAUGUCUACUGCCCAAAUGAGCCUAGCUGAGGCAAACCUUUUCUGCAUGAUUUUGUAUUUCUGACUGGUUAUCACGGCCUGCGCCAAAAAGUCAUAACUAUGUGUUUCCCACUGAGAAUUCGAACCCCAAUCUGUUUCUGUUCCAGAGGGCGCUACUACGACAAGACCACGGACACGUACGUCUAUGUGAGCGCCGGCGUCAAUUACUUUGGACCGCCGAUCAAAAUGUUUGGAAGUUGCGAAAUAAUUUAUAUCAACAUGACCUCAUAAUUCAAGUUUUGUGACCGAUGUUCUAUUUUCAGUGUUGUUAUUCACAAACAUGACCCGGGUAACGUGACCUUCUCAUUGAUUUUUCACAGGCGUUUCGUCAUUGUUAACGCUUUAUUUUCUUCGACGACCUUGUACUUUGUAUAGUCAGAUUUUACGGAUUGGCCAGAGUAAAUUAUUUGUUUUGAUUGUGUUGUGACGAAUCCAUAUCAGAAAUGAACUCGGUAACUUCAAUUUCAGGCAGAUAAGUAAGCAAAGCCAAGGAGGGCGCGCGACAUCUUUUAAAACCGGAAGCUGCUGAAAAGCGGGCCUUGUGGCCUAAUGGAUAAGGCGUCUGACUCCUAAUCAGAAGAUUGCAGGUUCGAUCCCUGCCUAGGUCGACACUUUUUUGCAUUUUUCAAUGUUCCGAAUCGCUGAAAAUGUCAUAAGAAAACAUAAUUCUGACAAUUUUCACUCUUCCAACGGAACAUGUUUGCCUUUGUAUCUUAUUUAGUUACUUAAUGGCGUUUAUACUGAAACACAUAGUGGUACGAGAGAUCAGAUUGCAAUAUACAUUGGAUUUAAAUAUCUUUGAUCCGAGUUUUAGACCAAUUGGAUCGUUUACUAAAGAAAUAGGUGCGAGAAGGUUUACAAAUGCCAAAACCGGUAAUCAUCAGUCAAAAAAAAUCCUUUUGAACUCUUUUUCCUUCAAAAAAAGUUCAAUAACAGCAAUUUCUUUCAAAAGCAAACAUUAAACCCAAAACUCGUUAAGCGAUUAGAACCCCUAAAUGCCCUGGAAAUGCGACGCUUACUCGUUGGGCACGGACGCUAUUCAUGGUGCUCGCGGAGCUCCCCAACCCUUCUCCUCAUCUGCAUCUCUUUACUCGGUCUCUCUCCUCAUCUUUCUCUUCCGUUUCAACUCUCACACCCUCUCCCUCUCCCUCUCUUCUUGCCGUCUUCUGCCCAUUCCAGUCGUGCUCCACUCCCUCCGCUCAUUCGAGAGGCACCCUUCCCUUCGACACACUCACAACUACACACUCUUUCGUCUGCACUCUUUUUCUCUCUUUGCUGUCGAAACUUCUUUUUUUUUGAAGAUAAUGGCAAAAUAUAAGAAAGGUGAGCCAUGAGUUUCAUACGUGCAAUUAGAUGGAAUAUGUAUGUAUGUUUGGGAGAUUUUUACAUGUUUUUGUUGCGUUCAGGCAAAGAUGCAAAGUAUGCGGACGUGGUUAUGGACGAUGACGACGACUUGCCCAUUGCUAGGAAGAUCGCCGAGCAUACUAAAGAGGUGACGCCAUACACAAUUCUGAAUUUUUUUUAGAAGAAUAAUGUGAUUUACCGUGUGUCUGUUUGUUAUCAUGUGGUUUGACACCAAUAUUUAUGAUAAGGGCAAUGUUUGGAAACGGUAAAAACUUCAGAAAGACCAACCCAUCCAUGCAUCCUUCUUUGAACUUGACGGAAAACCAUUUUCUGCUAUCAACAAGACAAUGUUGCCGAUUUACAUAGAAGACCCUCAUGACUAGUGAGUUCUUUUUGUCUCCCCCUUUUUCACAACCUUAUUUAGUUUUGAUGAAUUUGGAUUUCGACGUCAAGAAGAUGAUGAGGAUCAGAAAGUCGAGCCAGACGAGGGCAUGACGUCAUCCGAACAAAAGCAGCAACAAUUAUCCGCUUCACCGGUUGAGAAUAGUGCGCACAAGUGAGCAGUUCUAUUUUAUCCGCCACAUAAUCGAGAUGAGCCGCUUUCAGAAUGAAGCUCAUCUCGUAUUUGCAAGAUGUGCACAAGGAAGUGAAGGACGACGUCUUGUGGUCGCACAUUUUGGGCCCGGAGCUCAAAACGGAUAGAUUUGAGGAGCUGUUGAAAGAAGGCGGCAUUCCGCAUUCGAUGCGUCCCUUCCUUUGGCCCCGUCUUUCCGGUGCCACCAAAAAGCAGAAAGACGCCAAAUACACGUAUGAGAGUGUCUUGCGGCAAUGUGCACAGGAUAAGCCGUCGAUUGGUGGGGAGAGCCCAGAAUGGGAGACAUGUAUUCGCAUGACUUUUAGGGGUUCAAAUCGAGAGGGACUUGUUGAGAACUUUGCCGAAUAAUAUUUGUUUUUGGAAGAAGAAUUCGGAGGGGAUUGAGGCAUUGCGAAGGAUUCUGAAGUCGGUCGCUUUCAUCUAUCCGGAUUUGGGAUAUUGUCAAGGAAUGGGUUCGUUCAUUUUGACUAAAGAUCUCUAGUAGUCAGUUUCACCUAAACACUUCCAAUUUGCAGGUGUCCUAGUAGCCUCGCUCCUUCUCUACUGCUCUGAAGAGACCACAUUUUGGAUGAUGACCGCAUUGAUCGAAGACAUCCUCCCGCCCAACUUUUACACGCAAACUCUUCUGGGUUUACAAGCGGAUGAAAGGGUAUCCAGACACCUCAUGAGGUGCCAUGUUCCUGAUUUGAACAAAGCAUUAGAAGAUCAUGAAGUUGAGGUAGGUUUGAAUUCAUUGUUCGUGUUUCAAAAGUGUUUUUUUUUCAAACUUUCAGAUCUCUCUGCUGACCGUCAAUUGGCUACUAACUUUGUUCGGUUCCGUGUUCCGUACAAGAGUACUUUUGAGAGUUUGGGACUUUAUAUUUUACUCUGGAAGUGUGAACAUCUUUCGGGUGAGUCUAUGAAAACUGAACCACGUGUGAAAUUUUUGUCAUUUUCAGGUUAUUAUCUCGAUUCUGAAGAUGAAGGAGGAGGAAAUUGUUGAAAUUGCGAACACCACUCAAUCUUCAGCGGACAUUUUCACAGCGCUGAGUCAACUUCCAUCAUCUGUGACCGAAGUGGAGAAAGUGAUUGAAUAUAUGGGCUCAUUUGAGUUCACCAUCACUGACCACCUCAUUUCGGAACUUCGGAAGAAACAUCAAGCAGUUCUGAUGGCAGAUCAGGGAAUGAUUGUGAAUAUUUCGACAGAUACUAACCUGCCGAAACAAACCACUCAGAGAAGAAAACUGACUAGAUCCAAGUCGAUCAUCAAGCAGAUUUUCAGUUCUAAAGACGAUGUGAGUUUUUUUUUUCUUGUGUGUCACUUCUAUAUUUUCAAGUUUUCAGUCCGGCAACGACCCGAAAAGCAAGAACAUCCGUCAAACCGAGAUUUUGGUGGAUUUGAAAGAGUCAGUGCUCCAAAUCUGCCGUUAUUUCAUCUCAUGUGAUGAGAAAAUGGAAUUGAAUGUCUGCACUCAGGUAUUUCACAACUGGAAUAACGGUUUUCAUAAAGAUUGUUCGAUUUCAGGCAGAUUAUAGUCCCGAGAGUCAUAACAAAGACAUUGGGAACUACCUUAAAGGCCGGCGAGUUGGAGCUAAACGAGCAAGGGCUCUGCUGGAUUUUGCAAGAGAAGAGGAAAACGAACUUGGCUUCAGGUAAGGUACCCCAAGAUUUUCUGUUCAUCACAUUCAUUUUUCCAGAAAAAACGACAUCAUCACAAUAAUUAGUGAGAAAGACGAGCACUGCUGGGUUGGCGAAGUGAAUGGAUUACGCGGGUGGUUCCCGGCAAAAUUUGUGGAAGUGGUCGACGAGCGCGGCAAAAGCUACACCAUUUAUGGAGAUGAGGCCGUGUCGCCGGAGAUCACCGAGUACAUACGAGGUCGAUUAGCUAAUAGCUUCCGGCAAAUAAUGGACCACGGAAUACGAGAGAACGUUAUGUAUUCUGCGAUGGCCUAUCAUCCGUGGAGUUUCAUCGAGGACAUUGCAUACUAUUCUGUUGAGAAGAAUUUCAACUCGGUCUACUCGAGGCUGACUUUGUGUAACACUUUCAAUCUGGAUGAGGAUGGAAAAGUGAGUUUUUUUCGAAAAAUGUAUGACCCAUAGAUCCUGUUAUUCUGCGCCAAAGAAUUUUUGUUAGUGUUGAAAAUUUAGGCAUUACUACUGGAUAACCCGUUGUGAACAAUGUCGAAAAAAGGCAAAAAAUUUUGACCCAGGCAGGGGUCGAACCUGCAAUCUUCUGAUUAGAAGUCAGACGCCUUAUCCAUUAGGCCACAAGGCCACGAGUGUAUGUCGGCCGAGAGGGCGUACAUAUAUGCGGCGCGAGUGCCAUCAGUCAACCAAUCUUCGAGACGCCACACUUUACACAUUUGCAGAUCCUGACACCCGAAGAACUACUCUUCCGAUCCGUUCAAUUGAUAAAUGAUUCGCAUAACGCCGUGUCGGCGCACUCUGAUGUAAAGUUGAGGUAUUCAACUAAUUCAAAAUGUUCUCAAUCUAGCGUUUUUCUUCUUUUCAGAAGCCUUCUCGUAGUCGGGGUCAAUGAACAAUGCAUUCACCUUUGGUUCGACCUUCUGUGUUCCGCCACACAACACGAACACAUAAGGAACAAGUACUACCACUCGUGGGCUUUCAUCAGAUCGCCCGCCUGGCGCCAGAUCAAGUGUGACCUCCGACUGCUAAGCCAAUUUUCGUUCAACCUCGGCAUGUCGUUCGAGAUUGAGGGAAUUGAUAAGAAGAAGCGGAAGUUUGUGAAUGGGGUAAGACAGUUUGCGUAGUUUGCUGGCAAUUACCUUUUUUUUAUUGCAGUUGCUAACAAGCCAGAAGAAGAAGAUAUUGUCGACAGUUGUGUCUUCGUCCCAAGACAAUAAACAGAACGGAGAUGAACCAUUGAAGCAGGGAGUCACCGACAUGCUCAUCAAGCAUCAUUUGUUCAGUUGGGAUUUGUAG